AGCAGGAAUGGAAGGCCAACAUUUUUCUAAUGAGUAAGUACCCUGACAUAUAAGUUGACUUAGGUGAAUAUUGCCAGUGUAUUUAUAGUAAACGAUAUUUCUAACAAUUUCUUACCAUACGGCUAGGAGCAAUAGAUCACCGUAAAAGAGAAGAACAAGUAUGGAAACAUAUCUAAUUUUAAGUGUAGCUGUAAAUAUUGCGUUAGUGGGUUCAGAUGUGGCUUCGAACCAAAUCUCAAACUUAUGUUUAACUCCAGGCUGUAUUCAAGCAGCCUCGAGUAUUUUAGACAAUAUAGACGCAAGCGUUGAUCCAUGCGAUGACUUUUAUCAAUUCGCAUGUGGAAACUUUAUCAAACAAGCAUAUGAUGACAAUUCAUACAUUCAAAUAACGAAAUAUCGGGUUCGACAACAGCUAAGGGUGGCACUGGAAGAGAACGUUAAAGCACAAGAACCACGACCGUUUCGGCUGCUUAAGAAGAUGUAUCAAGCAUGCAUGAAUACAACUGCUAUUGAAUUAGAUGGAUUGACAACUAUAAAAUCAAUUAUAGAAGAUCUAGGCGGAUGGCCGGUGUUAAAAGGACGGAAGUGGAAUCAGAAGAAAUUUCAUUGGAAACAGUCUGUUUACAAGUUUCGUAAUUUAGGUUACGUUGUUAAUUAUUUGAUUACCCUUACAAUUAUGGAAGGCAUAACGAAUUCUUCACUGAGUACCCUUUAUAUAAGGCCAGCAGACGUAUCCCUUUCAAACACAAGUGACCUCAAACCGUACCUUAAUAAAAUGGUGCACGUUGCCACUGUCUUAGGUGCUAAUAAAGGAGUGGCUGAAAGGGAGCUUAAUGAAUCAUUAAAAUUCGAGCAUCAUUUAAGUAUGAUGGCCAGCGCAAUUCCAGAACACAGAAACUUUAGUUUAGGGUACCAUCGCAUGCCUGUAUCAAGACUACAACUAAUAGCUCCUAAUAUUCCUUGGUUGGAGUACUUGAAUUCAGUGCUAAACAUUCCCAACGUUGUCAUUAAACCUUCUUACGUAAUCAUGGUGGAACACCCUAGCUACUUUUCAGAGUUAGAAAAAUUGCUUAAUAAUACACCAAAAAGAGUACUGGCCAACUAUCUUAUGUGGAAAGCUGUCGAAUCAUCGAUACCUUACAUUACAGAAAAGUUAGAGCAAUUCGAGUGUUCAACUUUCAGGUGGCCGAAAUGUGUCAGCUUAACUUUAGAGAGUAUGCCAAUUGCUAUCAGUGCUUUAUAUAUUCGGAAGCAUUUCCACGAAGAUAUCAGGCAAGAAGUUACGGAAAUGAUUUCCAACAUAAAAAAAGGAUUUGUCAAACAUGUAAAAAGCGCCGACUGGAUGGAUGACGAUACAAAGUUUCAUGCUUUAGAAAAAUUGGCAGCCAUGUCGUCUGUCGUUGGGUAUCCCGAUGAAUUGCUCUCAGACAAAAAAUUGGAAGACUAUUAUAAAGGGUUGCAUGUGGAAUCCGACAACUUCCUAAAAAUAAGAUUGAGCACUAACCUCUUUAUGUAUGAGGCUGAAGUCAAACGUUUAGUACUGCCAUUGAACCAAAUCAAUUGGAUUGGAAAUGCGGGAAGAGUUCUUUAUGUUAACGCAUACUACCACUAUCCAACGAACAGUAUAGAAUUGAAUGCCGGUAGAUUGCAAAGCAUCUUUGUUAACAAUGAUAGGCCACGUUAUAUUAACUACGGUGCAAUAGGUUACAUAAUUGCACACGAGAUUACUCAUGCAUUCGGCGUAGAAGGUUCAAACUUGGAUAAAGAUGGAAAUUUUGUAGAUUGGUGGGUACCAUCAACAAAAGAAAAGUUCAUAACAAAGGUUCAGUGCAUGAUUGAUCAAUAUGGAAACUAUUCCGUACCCGAAUUGGGAUUAAAUCUAAACGGCUUUAGGACCAUAGAAGAAAAUAUAGCAGAUAACGGUGGUGCGAGACAUGCAUAUUUAGGAUACAAUGAAUGGGUUCGGCGGAAUGGGAAGGAACCACUCCUUCCCGCUCUCAACUACACCGAUAGGCAAUUAUUUUGGAUUUCGGCUGCGAAUGGUUGGUGUGCAAAUGAGAUACCGAGUUCGAUGAAGCGGCAAAUUCAUAACAAUCAGCAUCUUCCUUUCAAAUUUAGAAUAAAUGUGCCUCUAAGUAAUACGGAUUAUUUUGCUAAAGAUUUUAAUUGUCGUAUAGGAAGUAACAUGAACCCUGUUAGUAAGUGCGAAGUUUGGAGGUCAUUGUAAGCGUUUUCAAUAAUUGUACUAAGUGACAUAAAUCAUUCUUUACUUACAAUAAUGUGCUAUUGAAAUUAGGUUUUAAUUUAGUUUAAUUUAACUAAUUUUUGUUUCUUACGGUAAAAGGCAAUAAGAAUAUAAGAAUAAUAAUACGAUAUCUUCGACUUUUGAGAACUGACUUAAUUAAUCAAGAAUAAUGUGCUAAGCUAAGCUGUUGAACAUAUCUUAACUGUAUUAUAUUAUAAAUCAUAUUUCAAAGCCCAUAUUUACAGGAGAUAAUGGUCAAAUAAAGUUUAGGGCAUGGACGAA